AACGAUACGACAAUGGGCCCAAAAAGAAUUCACAACGAAUUCAAAAUCGGUCGACGCUGGGUGUUUUGCGCGCCGAAGUCGCGUGGAAAAGAAUAGCGGAAUAUAUAUAUGCGUAUAUUCACAGUCCGAUCGUUGUUGUUUCGUCGCGUUAUUGUGCUGGUUCUUGUUUUCCUUCGACCUGUUUCCGAUCGCCCGUUUUCGUCCUGUGUGUUCCAAAAUUCCAAAAGAUUCAGAUUCGCGUGUUUCCAAAAAUGUUUACAAGAAACCAACAAAUGCUCAAUGAAUAAAAAACAAGAAAGUUAACAGAAAAGAAAUGUGCUGACGAUUUUUAAUAUCAAAAAAAUAUCAAAUAAUUUUUUAAUACAUUCUCAAAGUCGUCUUCUUGUCGUCGUCGUCAUUGCCUUGCCGAUUUUUUGGGCUGUCAUAAAUUCGGCAAAGUAAAAUAAAAAGGAUCCAGAGAAUUAUGAAAUUUUAAAAAAGAAAUCCCCAAAAAAUAAAAUAAAAAGAAAAUAAGCCCCCAACACAAUAUGUUAAAUGCAGUAAAGUAAGCGUAAAGGAAACGUGUUCGAGACGAGUGCUGGCACUACACGCGAAUAUACAUAUUUAAACAAGAUUUACAUUUAAAGUCCCAAUACGAGCAUACUUAUACAUACAUAUAUCUCAACUGUGGCGGCUCCAACAACACCACCACCAGAAACGAGCAAAACGUUCACAAAAAGGUGAUAAUGAUUAUUUCCAAGGAUCUUUUCAUAUUUGGCGAACAAAUUUUUGCAACAAUCAUACCAGAAGGUGGAGCCGCAGCUCUAGCAACGCAACAGCAACAGCAACAGCAGCAACAUCAGCAGCAGCAGCAGCAGCAGCAACAACAGCCGGCAAUUAUAAAUACAACAACAACAUCGGGUUCGACGGCGGCAACAUCGUUGGUAAUAAACUCGACGUCGUCGUCAACGGCAUCGUCAGCAGCAGGAGCAGCUGAACAAGUUGUAGAGGAGUCAUUAAAAGCGGCAUCACCAGCAGCACCACCACCAGCAGCAGCAGCAGAUACAGCAACUGUAGUACCACAACUGGCAGCCAAACAGGAAACAGUUGCAGUAGCCCCUCGCUCCUCCAACUCCACCACAUCCCUACCCAGUAAGCUGGCAAAAAUUCAAAAAAUUCCCAAGGAACCCGAAGAAUUGAAAGCCAAGAAAAAGGCAAAGUGUGAAGCGGCGACAUCUACUCAUUACGAAAAAAUGCCAAUGAAUUUGAUGAUAGUGGAAAGUGUUGAGGCGGUGGACAUGGCCACCUCGGACAAUGAGAACGACUCGGCGGAGUCCACGGAGCAGGUCCCGUUGGUGAGUGCCAGCCGACGCAAUCUGGCCAAAAUAGUGUCCGCCGAUUGUCGUCUUCAAAUCGAAAAAGAACCAGCAACUGCAACAUCAAUGGCAACCACCACAUCGACUGCCACAGAUGCAGCCGCAGCAGCAUCAGCAGCAGGAGGAGUUGCAACAGUGUCUGCCACAGAAAUCGAAGCCGGCAGUGAGUGCUCUGUCAGCGUCCCACCAUCAUCAUCCGCAUCAUCCUCGUCGUCGUCGUCGAGUUCCAGCUGCACAUCCUCAGAAUUUACGCAUACAUCACAAACGACGAUACCAAGUACGGAUAAUCUAACGUCAUCCAAUGGGAUGGCCAAUAUGGGCAAAAGCAUUUUAGUUGAUGCCAAAAGUGGCUGCCCCGCAUCUUUAUCCUACCACUUUGAAAAGUCCUCCACAAUGCAGAAUCAUCACAAUCCGCAACAACAGCAUCACAUGGGCAACCAUCACCACCACCCCCAGAAUCAGGUGGCACAACCGCAGGCGCAACACCAGCAGCACUCGCUGCAACUGACCUUUCAGAACCUGACCGUCUCCCACAACGAGCGCCAAAUUCUAUCCGAUGUGAGUGGAUUCGUCAGCCCCUGCGAAGUCCUGGCCGUCAUGGGACCCUCGGGAAGUGGAAAGACCACCCUGCUCGACUGCCUGAGUGGCCAGCGACAUAUUGACAGUGGCAGUGUCUUCCUCAACCGCGAGCCCCUGUCCAAGAAGUGGCGCCGCCGUAUCGGUUAUGUCUUGCAGGAGGAAAUAUUCUUUCCUCAAUUAACACUCCGGGAAACAGUAGUUUACACGGCACUGUUGCGUCUGCCGGAGUCUAUGCCGCGGGCGGAGAAGAUGCGACAGGUGGACCACAUCCUGGAGGCUCUGGAACUGAACUGCUGCCAGCAGACCAAGUUCGGGGACUACCUCAACCGAGGACUCUCCGGGGGAGAGAAGAAGCGGGCUAAUAUAGCGUGCGAGCUGCUCACCAACCCGCUUCUUAUGCUCUUGGAUGAACCCACUUCCGGUUUGGAUAGCCACUCGGCCAUCUCGCUAAUGAAGGUGCUGAAGCGCUACGCCCAGCUGGAGCAGAAAACCAUUGUGAUCAGUGUCCACCAGCCCUCGUCGCAGAUGUUUCACAUGUUCGACAAGCUGCUCCUCCUGCACCAAGGGCGCACGGCCUACUUCGGGGAUGUGCACAACAUUUACAGGCACUUCGAGGACAUCGGAGUCACCAUCAAGCCGCACUAUAACCCAGCCGACUUUGUGUUGGAACAACUUAAAUCCCAUCCGGACAUCCGGGAGAAGCUCUUCAUUGCCGCCAAGGAGUCGCACGGAAACUAUCUAAACCGCAACUGCAUCAGCCACAAGUCCCACCAGGAGGCCACUGGGCCAGAGGCGAAGGGCAAGAAGGAGUCGGACAGCAUCCUGAUCGACGACAUCAUCAACAACUAUUACAACCAGCAUCACCACAAGCCCAGUCGCCACCACCACCUGCACCAUCACCACCACCACCAUCAGUAUGAGAACCUCAACCACUCGGUGGGUGGCGGUUGCCAGGUGGAGGAGGAUGAGGAGGCGGCCCAGCACCUGGUGUGGUGUGCGGCGGACUCGCAGUCCAACUUCAGCUCCUGCGCCUCCAGCGACUGUCAUUCCUACAGCGCGGGCAGUGGCUCUGGAACUGGCCAUACGGCGGAUGAUGAGUGGCUAUCCUACCCCACCAGCUUCAACACUCAGUUCUGUGUCUUGUCCAGCCGCAACUUCAAGGAGGCCAAGCCCCGAAUGCUCUCCAAGCUCAACUGGUUCCAGACAAUCGGCUUGGGCCUGAUGGCCGGUGCCAUUUGGUUCCAGUUGCCCCGAACCGAGGAGUUCCUGCAUGACCUCCAGGGCUGGAUGUUCUUCUCGCAGACCUACUGGAUGCUAUUCGCCCUCUUCGGAGCUCUCAAUUCAUUCCCCGCGGAGCGCGAAGUGGUUAGCAAGGAGCGUCGUUCCGGUGCCUAUCGACUUUCCGCCUACUACCUGGCCAAGAUGUGUGCCGAGCUGCCCUUGGUGGUCACCUUGCCCACGGUCUACCUCAUGAUAAGUUAUCCCAUGCUGGGUUGCACCAGCAUGAAGCUAUUUUUCCUGAUGCUCAUCUUCCUGCUCAUCAACACGAUCGUGGCCCAAAGUGUGGGCUUCUUCAUUGGAGCCUGCUGCAUGGACAUGAACGUGAGCAUCACACUGAGUGCCCUGUACACGCUGGCCACGCAGCUCUUUGGUGGCUACCUGUCGUCCCGCAUUCCGGAGGGUCUCAGCUGGAUACGGUAUACCUCGAUGAUCCACUACGCCUACCAGAAUAUGCAGAUACUCGAGUUCCGUGAGGGACCAGCCAUACGAUGCGGCUCACCCAGCAGCUAUGAGAUUUGUAAACAACAGUCAACCGAAUUCAUUCCAUACGAGGAAAUACUCAAAGCACAAAACUCCACAUCACCUCUCUGGCUGAACACACUGAUACUGAUGAUGUUCUUUCUGGUGUUCCGCUGCCUAGGAUACGCGGUGUUGCGCUACCUGCGAUGCCCCAAAAAGACGUGAUAUCCCGGGGAUAUAUAUAUACUAUAUAUCUAUCUGAGCAGACAUCGAACCAGUGAUUCGUUAUUUGUUAAUUCUGAAAACAAAAAAACAAAAAUAUUGCUAAUCCGUUACAAGAGAACAAACAUGCUAACUUUUGCGCCAAUUUUGUGAUUCAAUUUACUUUCAAGCCACAUCAUCUAUAUUACCUAAUAUUAUUAUUAUUAUAAUUAUUACCAAUUACACCUAUUAUUAUUAUUAUUAUUAUAUAUUGUAAUUAGAAGUGUUAAUCAAGGUUUUGCGGUAGGGCAGAGUGCGAGAAAUUGCAUUUGUUUGUGUUGCAUUUUGUAAGCGUAAAUUUUGUUUUGUUUUAUGCAUUUUAAUUGUUAGCCGUUUAUAUUAUAUUAUUGGCUAUGUUGCCGCUAAAACAGAGGAUCAACCGAAGAGGGCGAGAAAGCAAACUUUUUCUUUUAAUGUACGUUUUAAAAAAAAAUUAUUAAAGAUGUCUGCCCCGAAUCCCGAAAACCCGAGCACCCCAACCCACACAACUUAUUCAAAUAACUCCUAUAAUAUUAUAUGUCUUUAGUGAAGAGGUAGUAACUUUCUAGAAUAUUGCAAAUUUUUUUCGCUUGGAAAAAACACUGUGAUUUAGUAUGCUAGUUUUUUAAUUAGUUUUAAUUGGACUGCAUUAGUGAAAUGUGCAUGUCUGGAGAAGUCUAAAGGAUAUUUGUAAAGGAAAUGAAACUUUGAAAAGCUCCACAAACAUGUUAAAUAUUAUGGCAUAAAUUGUAUUUGUUUAUAUUAUCAAUUGUAUUUAAUUAAACUUAUUUAAAUAUACAUGAAAAUGUAAUAUAAAGAA